AUGGCAGACGGAGAAAAGCGGGAUGCCAGCCAGCAGUCAGACCGCAACCUUGGAGUGAAGUCUCCAGCUAUCUCUAUUCUCCUUGAUGCUCCUCCCCCUCAAUCUACCUCCCUCCUUUCCUCUGUAAAGCACUUGCUCCUUCUCCUCUUCUCGGCUUCGGAUGCCCUCCUUACUUACAGUAUGGACUCAGGAGGGGAAGGAGAAGAGGGUUGGAUGGAGGACCAGUGGGAAAAAUGCCACGAUCUCUCACUGGAGUGGUUCGCAGCGGUGUGUGAAGCAGUUCAGUUGACAACCAUCACCAGACCCCCUUGUUGGUCCUUCAUGGUAAAGAAGGAAAUCAGCCAAAAGGCAAAUCUGUCUAUUUACCGGUUGAUCUAUGUUCCUACCCUCAACUAUGGUAAUGAGCUCUGGGUCAUUACCAAAGAACAAGAUCCUGGAUACAAGCAGCUUAAACGAGAUGAUAGGGUGGGAUAUUUGAUCAUCCUGGAGGGGCUCAGAGUAGAGCCGCUGCUCCUCCCCAUUGAUAGAAGCCAGAUGAUGGUAAAGAAGGAGAUCAGCCGAAAGGCAAAUCUGUCUAUCUACUGGUUGAUCUAUGUUCCUACCCUCAACUAUGAUAAUGAGCUGUGGGUCAUGACCAAAGAACAAGAUCCUGGAUACAAACGAGAUGAUAGGGUGGGUUACUUGGUCAUCUGGGAGGGGCUCGGAGUAGAGCCGCUGCUCUUCCCCACUGAGAGAAGCCAGAUGAGGUUGACCCACGACAUUAGCUUGGGUGAGUUUGAAGAUGAUGACCUGUCAGAGAUCACAGAGAUCACAGAUGAGCGGGGGAUGAGCCUCAACUGCAAUGGCCCAGAUAUAAAGGGCCACAUGAGACGAGGGACCAAUAGCAGGGCGGGGAGGGCAGAGCUCGGUGCUGUUGGACAGCUCCAGGCAGAGAUGCUGCAUUUGGAUCUCAUUGAUGGUGCUGACGGUUUCUGCAGUGAUAUAGAGUCCUCUAAGACUUCCAUUGCACCUCCAACAGUUUCCAAGGACCCUCCGUUACCUGUUACCAUGGAUACCUACAGACCCAAGAGGCCGACAACCCUUAACCUAUUUCCAAUUGUGCCCCGCACGCAGGACACAUUAAACAACAACUCAUUUGGGAAGAAGUACACAUGGCAGGAAAAGGUUUCAGGCUCAUCUUCACCUCUCAAAACUGGUGAGCUAACACCUCCACGUGAGCACAGAUGCCUGAGUGACGAGGACAAGGUACGGAGUGGCGGGGCACAGACCAAAGAUCGAGGCACUUCCACUGACGCUCCUUGCAGAAAAUCACACACGUCUGGACAUUCGCAAAGUUCUGCAACAGCAGCGUCGACACGACCAAAGUUUCAGGAGAAGCCACCUUCGCCGCCGCCACCGCCACAGAAUUAUAAGCCAGCUCCUCUCUAUCCAGUUGGAAAAGUGGAUGGAAGCAGCUACCAGCAGGAAAGGAUCCAGCACCACUUAGAAGCUCCUCUGGAACCCACAGAGGAAAUUUACUUAACACCAGUGCAGCGCUGUUCUGACCCCUCGGAGCCUCCUUGCACGCACGACCGACCUUUCCUUUCGCAGCUGAGCGAACAGGGUCGUAUGUCAAUUAGCUCUGACACAGAAGGCCCACCUCCUUACCAGCCACUCCCUGACCAGUCAAACCCCUCCAUUUACGAGGAGGACGAAGUCUAUAUCGCCCCACCUUCUUACGCGUCCUGUGUUGAAUCGCUUAUCACGCCACCUAGCAUGGCUCUGUCAUCUCAUCCUGGCCUGGCUCUGGAUUUCAAUCUCAAAGGGUUGGGAACAGGCGCACGGGCAAUGUUGAGAACUGGUUCAUCGGUAGAGUAUGUUGACGCAACGGACGAAAGCUACUGUGGGGAGGAUGAGGAUGUGGACAGAAUAAUUAUGGAUGAAAGAAUAAAAAAAGUGGUUGGAAAGGUGGAAAGCGCCAACAGUAGAUCCACCCUGCUAAGAACUUCUAUGAGCUCUGAUGCCAGUGGCCUGUCGUAUGACUCGGUCAAAUACACUCUGGUGGUGGAUGAACACUCUCAGCUAGAGCUUGUAAGUUUAAGACAAUGUUAUCAAGGUUAUAGCGACGACAGUGAUUCAGCCACAGUCUAUGACAACUGCGUCUCCUCUCCCUACGAAUCUGCUAUUGGGGAAGAGUAUGAGGAGGGAGACGAGGAGGAAGAUUGCCAUCGUUUGGGGGGAGUGAGACGAGAGGCCACAGCUUGUCUUUCAGAAGAUUCCACGCCAGAUGUUGACCUCCAUUUUUCCAAGAAGUUCCUUAACGUUUUUAUGAACGGACGGUCUAGCUCAUCAAGUGCAGAGUCUUUUGGUUUAUUUUCCUGCACCAUAAAUGGAGAGGAACAGGAUCAGAGUCAUAGAGCUGUCUACAGGUUUGUCCCUCGGCAUGAUGAUGAGUUGGAGCUAGAAGUGGAUGAUCCAUUGCUGGUGGAGGUGCAAGGGGAGGAUUACUGGUAUGAGGGCUUCAACAUGAGAACUGGUGCCCGGGGAAUCUUCCCUGCUUACUAUGCUAUAGAGGUGACGAAGGAGGCUGAGAGCUUUAAAGCAAAGAGCAGUGAGUGGCUCGAUAGAUAUCGGCUAAAGUUCCUGGGCUCAGUCCAAGUGCCCUACCACAAAGGAAACGACGUUCUUUGCGCAGCUAUGCAAAAGAUUGCUACAAACAGAAGAAUGACGGUCAAGCACAACCCGCCUUCAUCCUGCAUCCUGGAAAUCAGCGUGAAGGGAAUCAAAUUGGCUGUUCAGGAAGAUUAUUACGCCUGUGACCGAAGUAACGAAUGCAGUCACUUUUUCCAGUUAAAAAAUGUCUCCUUCUGUGGUUAUCACCCCAAAAACUGCAAAUAUUUUGGGUUUAUAACCAAGCACCCGGCAGACCAGAGAUUUGCCUGCCAUGUGUUUGUGUCUGAAGAUUCAACCAAGGCUGUUGCUGAAUCAGUUGGGAAAGCCUUCCAGUUGUAUUACAAAGAAUUUGUGGAGUUCUCGUGCCCCACAGAAGAUAUCUACUUGGAGUAG